AUGCCUUCAUACAAGGUACAAGAGGUCAUGCAGAGGGAUGAGUCAAGCAAGCUCCACGUUAUCAUAGUUGGAGCUGGACUUGGCGGUCUCGGAGCUGCUAUCGCUACUCGUCUUGCUGGUCAUAAUGUCACAGUAUUGGAGGCUGCAAGAGCGAUUGGUGAAGUCGGUGCAGGAAUCCAAGUUCUUCCCAAUGCUGCCCGAGUUCUCUUUGCCUGGGGUCUAGAGGAUGUCCUUGUUAAGAACGCCACCAAGCCUAGAAAAUGCAACUUCAUCGGCUGGAAGGGAAACUUUCUCUCAGAGAUGGACUACCAUGGCUACGCCGCUGCUUCUGGUGGAUAUCCCUUCCUUGACUUCCACAGAGCAACUCUUCACAAGGCUCUACUAGACCGAGCUGAGGAGUUGGGUGUCAAGGUUCAGUGCGCAUCCAAGGUCGACAAAUAUGAGAUUGCCUCCGACAACUCCAGCGCAACUGUAUUCCUUGAAGGUGGCCGAACUAUGACUGCUGAUCUAGUGGUUGGUGCUGAUGGUAUCUCUUCUCCAAUGAGAGAACAGUUCCUCGGCAGACCUGAUCCCCCGCAGUUGACAGGAGAUCUUGCAUACCGACUGUUGCUAGACACAGACGCCAUGCGCAAGGAUCCAGACUUGAGACCUUUCGUGGAGGACCCCCAGGUGAAUUAUUGGGUUGGUCCCGAUAAGCACGCUGUCAACUAUGUUUUGAAGGGUGGUCAGCUUUUCAACAUGGUUCUUUUAGUGCCGGAUGAUAUCCCUAUCGAUGGAAGAAACACACUAAAGGGAAACAUUGACGAGAUGAGGGCUCACUUUGCUGAUUGGGAUCCUCGAAUCGGAAAGAUGCUGGCACUUUGUGAUUCUGUCCUGAAGUGGAGGCUGUGCAUUCGCCCAGGCCUUGACCCAACCUGGUCUCAUCCUUCAGGUGCCAUGACUAUGCUUGGCGACUCUGUUCAUGCUACUCUCCCUUACUUGGCCAGUGGAGCUGGCAUGACUCUUGAGGACGGCGGCGUGCUAGGUCUCUGCCUUUCUAAACUCACAGACAAGUCACCAGAGUCUAAGCUCAAGGCUCUUGCCGUCUAUGAAACCUGCCGACGAGAACGCACAGAGAUGGUCGUGCAAAGAGGAACAUACAACCAAUGGAUCUACCAUCUCCAUGAUGGUACGGAGCAGGAGGAGCGUGACGAGAGGUUCCGUCAGUACGGAAAGCAUGAUGAGGAGUGGCUUAGUGGAGAGAACCCCGUCCUGCCCAAGUCUUCAGAGACAGGAGAGGAUCCCUUCCCUUGGAGGUACCAUGGAGUUGGCCGAUGGUUGUUGACAUACGAUAUGUGGAAGGAUGUUGAUGAAAAGUUCGCGCAGGCUGAACAAGGAAAGGGACAUGCGACCGAGUUGAGGGCGAGUCUGUAA